AUGGGUUCGCGACGAGAGAUGAUGGGUGUGGUACUUGCGCUACUAGCAUUCUUCUUGCCAGUUGCAACUGCGCAAAGCACAACUUCCAACCUCACUGCAGCAUCCACUUUUUACUUUGACCGCACAGAAACCCAGUUUUCAGUCAAUGUUGCGGACGACUCUGAUGAUAUCUUUAUCUAUUUCGCCAGCCCGGCGUAUUCGUGGGUCGGUGUUGGGUUUGGUCCCAAGAUGCAAGGAAGUCUGAUGUUCAUCAUGUAUCCCAACAGCAAGGGCAACAACGUCACUAUCUCCCCACGCAUUGGCUCCAAAGCUGCGGAACCUACUUUCAACUCUUCGAUUGACCUCUCUAUCCUGCCCGGCACCACUGUCAACGACUCAAUGCUCAUCCUAAAAGCACGCUGUGGCAACUGCCGCGACUACAUGGACACAAACGCAGAGGCUUACCCCAUGAUUUACGCGUUCGGUAACGGCGAUAAUCUCAUGUCCAACUCGCCAUCAGCAAACCUCGCGCGCCAUUUUGGCUAUGGCUCCUUCACCAUGAACCUGCGCGCUGCCAAUGGACCUGGGGGCGUGCCUGCACAGAGCAAUGCACCAAACGGUGUCGAGAUGCAAGGAGAAAUGACCCGUGAUCACGACCGCGCAAACCUCGCUCACGCCAUCAUGGGCUGCCUAGCGCUCUUUGUUCUCUGGCCAUUGAACCUGAUUGCUGUAGCGGUAUUCAAGAAUAUCAAGAUCCACGUCAUGUUCAGCGCAAUCAUUCUCGUAUUCCUGGUUGUCAGCUUUGCUCUAGGCGGGGUCGUCAGCGGACAAUACAACCGCUCCAAAGCCUUCAACAGCCCCCACCAAAUCUUCGCCUUGGUCGCCAUCCUCCCCUUACUCUUAAUGUCGAUCCUUCCCGCCCUGAAGCACAUCAACGCCCGCCUCCGCAGCCUGCACACCCCCCUCGCCUCCACCUCGUUCGUGCUGCUCGCUCUAACCGGCGGUCUGGGCCUACAUCUCGCAUCACAAACCCGCCCCAUAAUCCUCGUCUACACCGCCCUCUCCCUCGGCAUCUUCAUGUUCCUGAUCCUCAUGCACACCUGCAUUCACAGACGAGGCUCUGCGUAUGCGCGCGCGCUGAACCGUGGGUCCAAUGAUGACGACAUCAUGCUUGCUAAAAUGGACGAGUACAGGAAUACUCCCAACGCAGGUGGGUAUGGAAACCAGCCCCCGCCACCGUAUCCGCCACCGUAUGGUAAUACGGAUGUGGGAGGCGUGCAGCAUCAGAGGAAUGGGAGUCGCUCCAUGUAUGGCGGCGGCACGAUGCCCGGACCGCAGUAUCUGCUUAAUAUGCACCCCGGGGUGCCGGUGCAGGUUAGUCGAAUGUAA